GCGAAAUUGAGAUUGUUUCUCAUAAUACCCACCAGGCACCAGCUCAUUUGAUUUUCAGGUCCAGAAUAGAUCUGAUUCCUUCAUAAUUAUUUCCAAAAUAAAAAAUAAAUUCAAUUAACUGUCCACAUAGUUAUCAACCAUGUAUAUUACAUUGUCUUAUAAUGUACUUAUACCAAACCUCUAUCUAUAUAUAUGCACACACAAACAAACCAAAAAUAUACAAAUCUGAACAAACAUUAAAACUCAUCUCUCUCAUCAUCUUUGGCCAUGGCAAAAGACUUGGAUGUGAACGAGAGUGGACCACCGGCGGCGAGAGACUACAAGGAUCCGCCUCCCGCACCAUUUUUCGACAUGGAGGAGCUUAGGAAAUGGCCGCUUUAUAGAGCGGUCAUAGCUGAGUUUGUAGCAACACUUCUGUUCCUCUACGUCUCAAUCCUGACUGUAAUCGGCUACAAAGCUCAAACCGAUGCAACCGCCGGAGGAGUGGAUUGUGGCGGCGUAGGAAUAUUGGGUAUUGCGUGGGCUUUCGGUGGAAUGAUCUUUGUUCUCGUUUACUGUACCGCCGGUAUCUCCGGUGGUCAUAUAAAUCCGGCUGUGACGGUGGGACUAUUCCUGGCUCGUAAAGUGUCAUUGGUGCGGACAGUGUUAUACAUUGUGGCUCAGUGCCUUGGUGCCAUCUGCGGUUGCGGUUUCGUCAAAGCAUUCCAAAGUUCUUACUACACCAGAUAUGGAGGUGGAGCCAACGAGCUAGCCGAUGGCUACAACAAAGGUACCGGACUCGGUGCCGAGAUCAUUGGAACUUUUGUCCUUGUAUACACCGUCUUCUCGGCAACCGAUCCCAAGCGAAAUGCUCGUGACUCUCACGUGCCAGUUUUGGCUCCACUUCCCAUUGGCUUUGCCGUCUUCAUGGUUCAUUUAGCCACCAUUCCCAUCACCGGAACCGGUAUCAACCCGGCUCGUAGCUUUGGAGCUGCCGUUAUUUACAACAACGAAAAGGCCUGGGACGACCAAUGGAUUUUUUGGGUUGGACCGAUGAUCGGAGCAGCAGCAGCAGCGUUUUACCAUCAGUUUAUUUUAAGAGCGGCUGCGAUUAAAGCUCUUGGCUCAUUUGGCUCCUUUGGCUCCUUUAGGAGCUUUGCUUAAUAUACAUUUAUUUUAAAUUAAACCACAAGUUAUAAAUCUUUGAUCAAAAUUAAAAGGAUGAUUACAAAUGAAUUAAGUGGAAGUUACAUGUGAUCUUCUUUAUAUGUUUCUGUUUUUUUGUUCUCUCUUUCAUUUCAUGGAAUUUCCCAUUCGUGUAAUUGUAAAUGUGGUUUUAAUUAAUGUUGCUUUAAGAUAAAAUCUCAAGUUCGCUUUAUCUUUUCGUAGAGUUGACGUUAAUUUUGUCUUUUGAUUGUAUUUCUCUCGGGAAUCAACAUAUGUCACGCAUGUUUUAAAUCUCAACUUUG